AUGGACGAAGCACGGAAUCAUGCUUCUGAACAAAUCAAAGCACUUACCAACAUCCGUUCUGUAUUUGAAGACCAGAUAGAUAAAGGACAACAACUGAUAAUAAACGGAUAUAAUGAGAAUAAUAAAGAAAUAGUUGUAAGGAUGGAUGUUGCAUUAUUUGCAGUGGAACAUUGCCAUGCGGAAAUUGACAAAAUCGACAAAUAUUUUUCAAAAUUUUUCAACGAAACACAGGAUACGAUAGUUCAAUAUACAAAGACUGCUAAAAAAUACGAGGAUGAGAAGCGCAAAUCAGAAGCAGAGGCAUAUAUGAAUCUUGCGAGUUAUAAAAAUAUUAUCAACAAUCUGGCUAUUGUUGAAUAUCUCAAAGAGCGAAAGUUAACAUUCAUAAGAAGUGAAAAAUUGCUUAAGGAUAUACGUGCACUGAAAGAAUUGCUUAAAUUAUAA